AUGGACCAACUUGGCCAAAGAGGCUUGGGCGGUAGAUCAACAAACAUUCAUAUUCUUAUGAUGAAAGUAACAACAACUUUAUUACUUACUAUCAUUGUGGUCAAUGCAUUAGUUUUAGUGGAUGGAGCUACGCCCGUACCGUUGAACAGCACAAACUUUGAUGAUUUUGUCAGCAGCAAUUCAAACAAAGUCGUUCUAAUCGAGUUCCACGACCGUUGGUAUUUCAAUUCGGGAUUAUUCCGCGGUUUCAAUAAUCUUAUUGAAUUGCUGGAUGAAGAUCUCAUGGUAUUUGGUCGUGUGUGCUGUGACUGUGAUGGCAAUGAAGAACUCUGCAACCGAUAUAAAUCUUCCAAUGACACCUACAUGCCACUGUUUCAAACAUUCAAUGUCAAUCAAAAAGAUCAACCCGUACCUGUGACAAUCAAUAUAAUGGAAUUUCUCACGACUUUCCUGAAAAAUCAGUAUUCGCAAAUCAAAAAUCAAUGUUAUGAUUGUAUUCUUUGA